AUGACUAAGACAAGAAUGAGGGUUGUUAUAGGAAAAGGUCUCAGACAAGGUGACCCUUUGUCACCUUUCCUUUUCAAUCUUGUUGCUGGAGGGUUGAAUGUUCUACUACAUAGGGCUCUGUCAUGUGGUCUUAUCAAAGGGGCUGUCAUAGGCCAAGGUGAUUCACUGUCAACCAUAUCACAUCUUCAAUUCGCAAAUGAUACUAUAAUUUUCUGUGAGGCGGUUUGGGAGGAAGUUUUGACAGUUAAAAGAAUCUUGAGGUGCUUCCAGCCAGUCUCUGGUCUGAAGAUUAAUUUCUCCAAAAGUCUUGUGAGCGACAUUGGUGUACCGGAUCAGCUGGUGGAGGAGUUUGCUAAUAGACUUCAUUGCAAAAGGGAUGAGGUGUCCAGAAGUAAAGCUCAUGGUGGACUUGGGAUUAGGAAAAUUCAGAAUGUGAAUGAUUGUUUGUUGGCUAAAUGGUGGUGGAGGUUUGGAGUUGAGGACAAUGCACUCUGGAAGAGAGUUAUUUGCAGUAGGUAUAGACCAAUUUGUGGGAGAUGGUUGCUUGAUUUUAAUGCAACCGCUAAUUGCUCAGUAGUAUGGGGGGGUAUCCUUCGUAUUUCUCAAUCAAAUCCAAACCUUGUGAAUUCAUUCCUGGAGAACAUUCAAAUAGUGGUUGGGGAUGGGGCCAGGGACCUAUCUCUGAAGCUGCUGAUAGAGAGAAAUGCUUGCUGCAAUGGCUGGAAUCUUACUUUUCGUAGAGCUUUAUUUGCUUGGGAGGCUGAGGAUUUGGAAAGAUUGUACCUCUUGCUGAAUCGGUCUCAGGAUUAA